GAAUGGGGGAGUGUCCUUUGGCAACAGCAGAUGAUCAAGCAGUGAGCUUGAGUGUAUGAUUCACAACCGCAUGCACCAGCAUGCUGCAUGCAGAGCAAGUGCAGCUCCAUCUGUCUUCAAUCUGGACCAAUCUGCUCUGGCACUUUGAGGACUCUGGCUGCCUUGGGUGAAGAAUCCCUUUGCCUUGUCAUCUGACUACACAGCAGAGAGCGACUGGCCUUCAAAAGCUGCCUGGUACUAGAAUAGCUUGCUUAGCAGCUGUGAUCUCCUGAAGCAAGCAAGCAUGGAUUGAGUGAGUGUUGAAAAAUACCCUCUGUUCCCAGGAACAGCCAGCUUUGCUUUAAGCUAACUUGUCAUGACUGAAAAGCAGCACCUUCUGGCUUCAGCUUCCUCACCUCAUGGAAUUGGGGGCUCACAAGCAGCUUCUCCAGAGAUGAUUUCAUCAAAAGAGUUACCACUUAUUAGAAAGGGGUCCUGAAGAUACAGAAGUGCCAAGCCAUAUAGGGUUUUAUAAAUCAAAAUGUUCAUAUUCUGUGGAGAAAUGACAGAAAAUCUUAGUUAGACUAGGAAGUGAUUUUGGCCAAGACAGUGAGUUAGAAGUAAUCCCCUCCAUAUUCAGAUCAUCACACAACUGCUCCAAGAUAAACAAAGAUCUAAUGUAUGACUACCUGCAAGGGUCGAGGCCAAAGAUUGCUUGGGACAAGAUCAUUGUCAGCAUGUAGACCUUGAAAUUCAUGGCCUUGCCAACUGCGGUAGGAAGCACUAAGACUGAAGUCACCCAAUGCCCAAUACCAAAAUACAUGUGGAUUCCAACAUUAAACCAGAUCAAGGAAGAGAACAAGUUGUAGUUCUAUAUAUAUGGAGCAGGAGGCUAUGGAACUUUGCUGUAACAGCUGUGUUUUUAGUUUGGAUAUUGUAACAAGAUUGAAAGGAGGAAUAAAAAAGUGCUUUAAAUAAUCGGAAUAGAAAAAGUUCUAAAAUAAGAUCUUAGAGGGGAAAAAAGGCCAGCUUCUCAAGUGGUUAUGCCUCAUUUCUUGGAUUGGUUUGUGCCAAUGUAUUUGAUGAUCUCAAUUCUCAUAUUGGUGGGCUUUGGAGCUUGUAUAUACUAUUUUGAGCCAGGACUUCAGGAAGCCCACAAGUGGAGAACCCAAAGACCACUCAUGGAGCGAGACCUCCGGAAAACAUUGAUGAUACGAGACAAUCUAGCAUUUGGAGUGCCUGAAGUUUAGUAUUCUGCUCCUCAAGACAUAUAAACUUUUGGUUUGUUCAGGACAAUUUCUUGCUACUCAUUAUGUGGUCAGUUCAUAACUUCAUUCUUUGCGAUGUGGCUAGUUUAUCUAAAACACACCUUUUAAAUAAUGUCACUUUGAAGCUUCUGGUUUUAACUUUUAAUAAUUAAGCUCUGUACAUUAUACCAUCAUUUGAAAUUUUUGGAUCCUCUGUAAAAUGUUAAUCUGCUGGAAAUUGUUACACUUAAAGAGGAACUAGAUGGUUAUGUUUUACUCCAAGGGCAACCAGUAUAGAUUCUGGAUGCUUUGAAAACACUUCUGACAUUAUGCCAUUUUUAAAAAUCACUUGGGUACAGUAAAAAAAAACCAUCCUAAUUUAUUACAUACUUUUUCACUUCCAGCACUGAGCUCAGAUAUGCUGAAGGACAUAUUCUGUGCAGGUUAAGGAUGGAGAAAAAAUAACCUACGUUCAUUAUUUAGAAUGGGAUCUUACACCCUUCCUUAUUCCUAGAAUUUUGAAAUGCUGCAGUUUUCCAGUCCUCUGCUGCUAUGUCUGUUGAAGUUGACAAGACUUUUAAAACUCAAAUGCCCCAUCUAGCACUAUUCUUUCUAUAUGUACAAUUGAUCUUAACACUAUAAAAUGUAGAAGUGCACAGUCUACCUAUGUACAUCUUAUAUAAGAGCUUCUGAACUACAGACCAUGAUUGCAUAAUUCCAGUGCAAUUGUCUAGAGCUACAUUGUAUAUGAUAUAGGUUAGUAAUCAUGUAGAAUGUUUGCACAUUGUCCACAUUUUCUUUAAAGCUGGUGUAUAAUUCUUUAUAGCUGGUGUAAACAUAACUACAUGCACAAAAAGAUUAUUAAUAAUCUCUGUUUCUAUGAAAAUUACACAAUAACAACCUCUAGAGCCCUAUGUUAUUAUAAAUAUCCUGUUUUUGCUGAAUUGCAUUAAGGCAUCACUGAUUGCAGUUUUAUUCCCUUGAUGGCAUAAUAUCUCAAGCUGAGCUAACUUAAUACACUGGUUCCAUUUAUUAUAUCUUGGGGGCAGGAGCGGAAUAGUAUGCUGUAAUCACCAGCUCUUCUUGUACACAUUCCAUGCUAGGAACAUGUGCCUUUCUUUCUUCAAUGUGCUCGCAGGUACACAUUCCAAGUUAAGAAUGUACAAACAUUGUUAUAGUAUAUGUAUACAGUGGUACCUUGGUACUUAAUGCUUUAAAACUUAUCAAAUCUGGUACUCAGUGCAUUUUGAUGUGAAAAUUUUGUCCUGGUACUCAUCAUUUGUUUGGUACUUAACAUACAAGCUAGAACUUGUCAGUGUCAGCUGCUUUGUGACUCAUUACAUUAUUCCUUAUGGGAAAAAAUGGUUUGGUACGCAUCGUUUUUGGCACUCAUUGCAUCUCACCGAACCAAUUAAGGAUGUGUACUGAGGUACCACUGUACUCUACUUCACAAUUCCUUGAAUAUUGGACAUCUUUCUGUACAUUACAUGCUACAUUGGAAUUAGUGUUGUAGCAUAAGGAUCUUUUUCUACAUCUGUAAUUUCCUCUCACAUCUACCUCACCUACACUUCAUUACAUUUGACAGCUUCCAUUGUCUAAUGCAGUGCCAUAGACCCUAACAACAAUAUAGCACAGAAGGACUUUGACUAGUUCGCUAUGAGUUGUCAUGGGUUCAUAGCCGGUCAUUCCUCUCACUUGAAAACAGCUGACCAAUUUUUCAGCAGUAACUGAAUUUAAGUAUAGUACAUUACAAUUUGUGAUACUAUAUGUAAGUUAUGGUAGAUAUCUGAAGAUACCAUUAAUAUUAUUAAAGAGCAGUGUUGCUUUUGUACAGAAGGGAACUUGUCUCAAAGCCCUUUUGCUGUGUCAAUGUGAAUAUUGUUCCAGGCAUCAUUCCUGAAAGUAACAUUUGCAUGGGACUUCUUUAGUUCCAAUAUACAUAACAGGUAAGAAAAUUUCCACUUCUGAAAAUAGCUAAUACAGCAAAAUGGAUUCCUGGCUUGGAAUCAUCUGCUGGAAUCAUCAUUUUAAGUAUUCAAAGUGUCUUAAAUUUUCCAAAAUGUUAAGUGUUUCCAGUUCAGAGAUUCUUGCACAUGCAAUGAAAGGGCCAAAUUUUACGUUACAAUUGCAACUUUUUGAUGCUAUCAAAGGGUGGCAAAUUGCCAUCUAUUUUACAGUAGAUGUAAAAAUAGUAGGGUGGGGAAGGGGCAAGGAAGUAUGCAUUUUUCCAAGCUCAGUAAGUGCAGCAUCCUGAGCCAGAAAGGGUGUAAGUAAACAAGCUUGCUUCUGCAUUUAUAUCACCUGAUCUAUUUUUAUAAGGAGACAAUGAAGCAGCAACACCAUAAAGUUUCUAAAAUAAUAUCCUCCUCUUCCCAUCCUGUAUAUAAAUAGCCAUUCCUCUCUGUCUGUGACUUAUCCAUUAGCACUGCUGCUAGCUACAGCCAUAGUCUCUGAGUGAUACUUAAGAGACCUCUUUUCUGAGCCUUGAUUCUCUUUUGUGGCAACUAGACUACCAAUGCAAAUGAACAACCCCCAAGCAGAGCAAUGGGGUAGCAAUAAGUCAUUUAUUAACAAAUAUAAGACUUUGAAACAGUAUGCUUUCAUAGCCAAUGUACAGUUGCAAUAUGUGUGCAUAGGGGCAUUAUGGCAUUGAUUUGCACUAAACCUUUCUUCUGUUCCAGAUUUUUUCCUCAGGACUGUAUCACUUGUUAUAAAAAAUAGAAUGCAUUUGUAGCAUGUCCAAUAUCCAUCCUGAAUCAAUGUUGUGAGCAUGCUUUCACAUUGCAUUUGAGUGUAACAUUACCCAGAGGAUCAAAACAACCAUUAAGGAGUGAUUAAGCAAUUAUGUCAGUUUUCUGUAGGUGCUUUGAUCUCAGUCCAAAUAAUUAGUAUGGAUAUGUACUGUGAGUAAGCAAUGCUAUUUAUCCUACUUUCCAACUAAAAUGGGGGAUGAACCCAGCCAUUCAGAUCAGUAUGUCUAGUAAUCAUAAUUUUGACCCUGAUAGCUACAGAGGCUCAUCAAUUUUCUUGUAAUAUUUCCACCCGUUAAUGGCUCUUUAUUAUUCAAUAAUGAAUGAGAGAUUUAUUAACAUUUGAGAUCUCUAUUCUGUUUCUAUACUUUCUAUGGUAAGAGGAAAACUCCAUUUUCAAACAGGAAACAAGUAUAAAGUCUACAAUAUGUUUUCAAUUUCUCUUCUUUUAACUAUCAGGAAAAAAAUUAGACAAAAAUCCGAUAUAACUAAGCUAUGUCUUACAAUGGAAUUUUUAAUUACCUAUAAAAAGGAGCUCAUUAAUCCUGUUUUUCAAGAUUACUGAAAAUUAUUUUAGAAGAAGGAGAUUAGAACAUAGCUGGCCUUUCAUAUACUACUGAAUUCUCACAAUGCCUGCUCAUUUGACUGGGCCUGAUGAACAUCAAUUCCAACCUUGAGGGUCAGUGGCUGCAUUGUCUCAGGUCUUGGCUGCUUCUCCUGUUUUGUGCACCAAUUCUUAACUGUUUAACUGUUGCCAAGUUUUAUAUUGCCCAUAAGUGCCAGCUGCCUUGUAAACAUUUUGUGUGUACAGUAGUGGCCAAAAUUGUGGAAACCUUUUGGGGAAAGUGUAUUUUCUAAAACUAGCUAAUAACACCACUUUUUUUGAAGUAGUACCAUAAAAUUAUAUAUCAAUGGAGGAUAAUUUAAUCAAGAAUGUAAUGCAAUACCUUUUAUGAAGGAUUUGCUAUUAGAAUAGCAGUUACAGUAUAAAGAAGAAAAGUGAAACACGUAGAAAAAUGAGAUAUACAAAAAUUAUUACCAUAGAAAAAACGAGAUAUACAAAAAUUAUCACAUCAGUUAAUAUUUAGUUGGGUAACCUUUAGAAUGAAUUACAGCCUUACAAUGUCUUCCCAUGGAGUGAACCAAGUCUUUUAGUUUUGCAGCUGUUAUAAUGUGAAACCAAGAUUGAAUGAUUGCUUCUAUUAACUGGGUUUUAUUGUUGGGUCGCUUCUGACUAACAAGUUUCUUUAGUCGGCUCCAUAGAUUUUCAAUUGGAUUAAGGUCUGGGCUAUUCCCAGGCUAUUCCAGCAGUAGAAUAUGAUUAUCUCGAAACUCCAAAAAAAGAGAGGUGUUAUUAGCCAUCAAACCUCAAAAAUACACUUUUCCCAAAAGGUUUUCACAAUUUUGGCCACUACUGUACAAAUGAAAUAUUCCUAUCUUACACAAUAACUUCAUCUGCAAAUAUAACACCAGUGUUAGCUCUGAACUUGUAUAGCACACAUAAAUGGACAGCCAUAUGGUGCAUUUUUUGUGAGAAAAAACACAUUAUUAUUUAUGAUUAAAAUAAUACUUCUUUGAUCAUAAAACUCUUUGGCUGAUUUUUAAAAAGUCAUAUUUAAAACAUUCAUUAAUAAAUAAAUUAAAAUAUUGCUAUUUCAGAUUUUAAAAACCCAUAAAAAUCCUAAUUGCAUUUAACUAAGGACCAAACUAAAUAGAAAGCAUUAAGCAUUAAUUCUGAAUAAAUAGGAACAGGAGUACAUAUAUCUUUGUACAAAAUUAGGUCAAUUUAAGGUAUGUGGUACUUAUUUUUGGAUGCCAGAUCUGUUCUGCUUCUAUUUUUUUUUUUAUUAGCAAAGAAACAUUUUGCAAAGAAAAACAUAAAUGCCUCAAUCCCAGAAACAAUGUAUUUACUUGAAAAAAUGGGUAUUGGGAGGAUCAGGAGUUGAGUUUCUUUAAACUACUAGGAAUUUUUCAAAUAUUCAGCCUAAAACUAAAGUCUAAUCAGCAAGUAAUAUGUGCAUUGUUUUUCCUCAAUGAGUUUAAAUCUGCUACUUGACAGUGUAAUUUAAACAGCUCUGAAAUAUCAUAUUUUAUGUCCCCUAAAUUGAUUAAUAGUGAACAAUGCUGAUCUACUGUGGGGAGUGUGGAAUUGGAGGGAUCCUGGACUGAAUCCAGUUGUACUAACUUCUCAGAAUUGUUACGAAGGUGUUUCAUGCUCUGGACUGGAUAAUUUAUUGAUGAACUGCAUUGUGCUGAUGAUUCUCUGCCUUAGAGUUAUUAAAGUUAUGUUCAUGUUGUUAAGACUGAUGUUAAAUGAAUACAUCUGGAGAAAACUCUACAGCUGUGCCUGACAUGGGGUGGUUGGAGUUUUUCAUCAAGUAAACCUUGUACAGUUUUAACUUGUACAGAGAUCCAGAAGGGUAAAGCACAUGAUGCUUCUUCUCUGUCAUCAUUGUUUUCCUACUUGGAAGAGUACAGAGAUAUAGUACUAUACUGUUCACUGCCAAGGAGAAAGUGCUGAGGGCUGUAGAUUGUGGUGGUCAGAAUGAGGGUGCCUAUAGAACUGUGGACCUUAGAAUUUUGUCUGUGGAUCUAUCUGCUAAUCAGAUUUCUAAAUCACCACAGCCGUACAAAAUGGCCAAUGAUGCUACUCCUAACACUGUCAGACUAUUAAAUCCUAUAAUAUUGGUCCAGAUAUAGAAACAGCACAAAUAGCUAUCUUAAAACAAAGCUUCAAAAUUUGAUCCAGUUUUUCCCAUAACCUUGUCACUCUAAUAAUGGAUAAAUAUUAGCAAAUCUAUGAAAUAUUCCUUCUUACAGAAUAUCAUAUAUUAAGGGAACUCUGAAAUUUAGCAAUUGAGAGAUUGUUAGAUUGAAUGAAGCUUUUGAGAAUAUUUUGUAGGGGGACAGAGAAAACCGAAAGACCAUCUGACCAUCACUUCUACCAUGAUAGUCUGUGUACCAUUUUCUCCUUCUGUCGGAUGAUCUAGUACAGAACUGUGAAUUUAACUCAUUUGCUUCAGAAACUGAAAUAAAAUCUACAAUAGCACUUUCUAUAGUUUGCAAAGUAGAUAAUCAGUUUGACUUGUUUGCUGGUAUAAACUGUUUUGAUGAAACGUAUUGUAAUAUUAAUGGUUGUGCUUUAUAAUGGUAAUGCUUAUUUUGAACAGAAUUCUAAUAAACAAGUCAGAGUCAAUCAA